AUGAAAGUUCUUCUAGUUCUAGCCGUGUUUAUAACUUUGUGUGCAAGCAGUGCCAUCCCCCUGGUUCCUGGUGAUAAUAGCAACUACAUAGAGGGUGAGAGCCGGUACAUAUGGAUGCCGGAUGAAGAGGGCGUGCCGCGUCUUGUAGACUUAAAAGAGGCUGCAGAUCAAACUUUGUUAAAUACUCGUCAUGGUGCCAAUAAUCAGUACUGGCUUUUGACCAGGCAAAACGCUGGCAUCUAUCAAAUAUUGGAACAUGGCGAUAGCAACUCUAUUUGGAAUUCUAAUUACGAUGGUAGCAAACCGUUAGUAGUAGUUGUGCAUGGAUUCAAUAGCAAUGGAUACUCUGUAUUGACCAUGGCGCGUGCUUUUUUUUCUGUUCACGAUGUCAAUGUGAUCGUUGUGGACUGGCGUACAGUAGCUAAUUCAAAUUAUGUAACUGCCGUAAGUGGCGUUGCAGAAGUAGGCCGAUUUCUUGGUGAUUUUCUCAACUGGCUCAUUGAAAUCACUGGAGGUGACUGGAAUAACGUUCACUUAAUCGGCGUCAGUUUGGGUGCUCAUGUUGUGGGUAGUGCAGGAAUGCAGGUUGGUGGAAUAUCAGCUCGUGUUACUGGUUUGGAUGCAGCCGGUCCUUUAUGGACUGGCAACACUAAUGCUCUGAACUCAAGCGCAGCACAAUAUGUGGAAGUAAUUCAUACUGACGGUGGUCGUCUUGGUAUAUUCAAUCCUAUUGGAGACGCGGAUUUCUACCCCAACGGAGGCAGGCAUCCGCAACCCGGCUGCUUGACUACCAUGUGCUCUCACAUCCGUGCAUACACACUCUUCGCAUCCAGUGUUAUUACGGAUCAUUUUCAAAGUAGUUUAUGCACUGAUGUUGAACAAGCCGAAAAUGUACAGUGCAGCGGUCCAGUUUUCAACAUGGGCAAUGGAAUCUUCGCUAAGAGAGGAGCCGGCAUUUAUGGAUUAACUACUGAAGAUUCGUGGCCUUAUUAA